AGUCAAGAAACGAAGGCCAACGUUAAUUCACGUUCUAUUCUGCAGCGCUUCCGAAAUGUCUGGAUAUCCGUAUAACAACCCUCAAUACCCUCAGUAUCCGCCCCCUGGGUACCCACAGCAACCUCCACAGGCCUUUAUGCCGCCUCAGCAGCCACCGAACCAGCUGUACCCCCAAGUAGCAGGGUUAAGUUAUGGCCAAAAUCCAGCCGCUAUGUCAUAUCCUGGUAUGCCACCACCAUCAGCACCUCCCGCAGCGACUGGUCCAAUGGGAUUUGCCCCUGGGGUAGCUCCUACGCCUGUAUACCCGGUUUAUGGACAACCGGUAGAAUGGGUACCUUCAAACUGCGCUUCUGCAGAGAUGCUUACACAGAGAGCAGUAGUGGCAGGCUACGAAGGCUAUGACGGUAGUCCGCUGUGGGUAAUCAGAUCUCAUUACGAAGGAGAUCUUAUACCCGGCAAGCUGGCUGUCAAGCACAAAGCUGCUUACGUUCCAUGGGGAGGCAAAGAAAAUAAAGUGGAUAACUUUGAGGUAUGCUGUGCCCAACCUGACAGAGUCAGGUGGGUUGAAGCUCGCAAUGGAGUUGUACCACCCAAUGCCAUUCCUGGAGGUAGAGUUUCCACUGGUGAAACCUUAUACAUAGGUAGAGCAAAAGAACAAGGAUCUUUAACGCCGGGUAAAAUUCAUCCCAGUCAUAAAACGUUAUACAUGUCAUUUGGAGGAGAUGAAAUUCCACAUCCAGUCUACGAAGUGCUCUGCGGAGUUUGAAAUCAUGAAUAAAAAUAUUCAUGUAAAAUGUUAAGAACGUCAAAUGAAUAAGCAAAAUCAAAAAUGAAACUUUGAACUUCAUAAUGUAGAAACUUUAACGAUUCUUAAAUACCGAUUAUAAAGAUGCUACUUUUUCAAUAGAUUAAUCGAUUCCUAUAGUUAUACCUCAGUAGGAUAAUUUACUCUAUAACUUGUAUUGAAAUUAUGUCGUAUUAAGCUUUCAUGGUCAUUUCCAUUAAAAUUAUAUUUCUUAUGAUAGUAAUCCCGUAAAGAAAAACUAUCAUUCUAAUUAUAUUUACACGCCCUUUUCUGGUAUUUAUCGUCUCAUAAAAAUUAUUUUUGUUUAUUUUAGGACCUUAGGGUCGAAGUGAGAUACUUUUAUGUGUGGGUAUGCCCAUUUAAGGCCUAAAUCUGUAUAAUUAUACAUAAAGAAAUUGUAAUUUUAGAAGUAUAAUAUUUUUACAAACGUUAACAAGCAUGGUACAUUGUUAUUCGUUGAAUAUAAAAUUAUAUAUUUUCGCAUUC